GAAAGCCUAGCAAACUAGUAAACACUCCGUAGAACGUAAUUGCUACCGUAGAAGACAUUGUCUUUUAAGGUGGUGAAAUGCUGUAUUGGUAGGUAGCGGGGUGUCGAAAUACAGUGUGCACUGUUCCCUCUUCAGCGAUGGCUCUCUGUAACGGCGCGUGCACGGCGCGUCUCCCACCCCCACUUGCGACGUUUGGUGAAGACGCUACAGUUAGCACGAGCGGCACACAGUGAUCUCUACAGCUCAAGCAUCUUGCUCUACGCUCCAGCACACGCAAAUCCGUCGCAAUGUCGAGAAGGCACACCAGUCGAGCGCAGUCAUCGGUCGCAGAUUCGUCGCCUGUUCCCGGACGAUCGACCACAGCAGCCAACUUUCCUGCCUAUGAACCGCCAUCUUGCCAUCUUAACGAUGCUGCACGUAGUGCUCUACGGACCAUGCCCAACAGCCGAGACACUACAGCAUAUGCUGGCUGUAUUAAAGAUAGUAUGGCAUUACUCGGUACUAGCAUAAGCGACAUGCACGAGCGAUUCCGGCUUCAACGAGAGAGGUUGGAAAAUCUGCAACGACGCCGAGAGGAAAAGGGUAUAGCCGAAAAGUCCGCCGAUGAGGAGCGGCUAGAAACACACCUAGAGGAGUUCAGCGCGGAGAUUAACGAAUAUACAAUGCAAACAGAAAGCUCGUUUCGCGAUCUGAUUGAUUGCAGGGCGGAACUGGAAGACCAGGAUAAAGCGCUUGAAGAUAUCUACAGCGCUGCAUCGUUGCAGGCUACGGAGCAGAUCUCACAGCGAACUAGAAGUUCGCGGCAGCAAGCUGGCGUUUUACCCGAAGAUGACGAUGAAGAUGAGGUUACCACUCCCACCGUGCCUGCUACGAGCAAACGAGACGAGUUCCGAAAAUUGCGAGCCGACAAGCGCACCGAGUUUGAAAGCAUGGCGGUGUAUCAGCGGUAUGCACUCGACAAUGACUAUGCUGGUUUCAAAAAGAUGUGGCACGACGGUACGCAGGGCGAAGAUGGACCUCCACUAGCAGACCCUUCUCGCUGGUUUGGCCCAGAUGGCCAGCCCGUCCUCGCUAGAGUAGCCAUGCACGACGACCUGCCUGACGCAGCUGAUGGAUCCGAUGACGAGAUUGCUGUCGCCAGAGAAGUCAUCAGCCUCAACUGUCCAUUAUCUCUACGACGCUUUGAAUUGCCAUAUAGCAAUCGCAAAUGCAAGCACACAUUUGAAAAGUCGGCACUACUAUCGUAUCUUCCGCUUCGCGGACAGGUCCAGUGCCCGCAGACAGGCUGUGCACAGACGUUCACGAGAGCCAAAUUCGACGAAGACUUCUAUCUUGACCAAGCGAUUUUGCGCCGUAUUGAGCGAUCUGCGCAGGCAAGUAGGACAAUUGACGACAUGGAUGAUAUGGAGGACGAUGUUUUGGAGAGUUCCAAUCUAGAAGGGGAUAGCGAACUGGCCAUCCAAAGCCAACGGUCAUUACGAAGAGAACCUAAAGACGAACGAUGAAGAUAAAAGAUAUAAUAACGAUACCCUUGCCUUGAUAGUUAUACCAAGUUAGGCUACAGAAAUAAAUGACUUGCAACAUAGACUACAUGUACGCGCUCCCGGCGGGGAGCAAGCUUUUGUACACUUAAAAAUAUCCAACUUUAGAAAUCCUGAAAACCAAACUAGACAAUUACCAUGGCAGCAAUAGCAACACCAGUAAGCGUAACGAUGCUGGGGACAGAAAACCCAGCGGCUGCAUUCUUGGGUGUAGAGGUAGCAGUGAAGACACCGGUGAGAGUAGGCGAUGGGCCAGGCUUGGACGUCGUGUCAGGCUUCGUGUUAUCACUCCACUCCUCCUUGGACCUGUACCAUGCGCCAUUGAUGACUACUCCUUUGCCACUCAAGAAGCCACUCUGCUGUUCAUCGCUGCAGGUGGAGUAGAAGUUGCGAAGCCAGCAAGUAGUCUUUGGCAUAGGAGGCAGCUUGUCAGUCUUGGUGGAGUUGAGCGGGCCGUCACUGCUAAAGGUCUUCAAGUCGAUGUCUUUACCGGUAGAGAUGGACUUGCCCAUGAAGAUACGAGAGAAGAUCUGGAACGACGCCUCGGGCUGGUAGGCGUAGAUGGAGUGGCCGGCCUGGUAGAUGCGGCUGAAGGAGAAGUUGCCAAACUGGCGGACUUCACCACCCACAUAGUCCUUGUUGACGACGAUUGGGGAGUAUCCGGCCGCGGGGAACUUCUUUGCAUAGUCACCGCCAGCCUCGGCAGCGACGGCGAGCGAAAUAGCCUCACCACCAAACCAGUUACAAAUGUAGUCGCGAUCACCGUACAUCAUUCCAACGCGGACGCCGCGCUUGAGAAGGUCAGCCAAACGCUUGAUGUUGCCAGCGCGCGCCAAGUCGCCAGUCUUCGUGAAGGCCUCGUAGACAGCAUUGCUGGAGAAGGUGGUGUAGUUGAUGGGCGUUCCAACAGCCUGCUGAACCUCGCGCUUGUUCAGGUACUCGAGGAAGUGCAGAGGUGGGCGAGGAUCCUGGAGAGGGGCGGCCAAGUCGUAGGAGCUUCUGUUCAUAGAGUAGUAUGCAUACGACGAGUUCCAGCAGGUCUCUGCGGCGUCAUUGCAAAACUUGUUGACCUGGGCAUUCUGGCCCUUGUCUUCCGGGUCGUUCUUCUCAGCGAGUUCCUGGCACUGCUUUGACACCUGGGCACAGCCGCCGUCGCUGUCGUACAUGUCCAGCUCGUACUUCAAUUCCUCAUCAGAAAUAGCUUUGAAGCCGUAAGUGUUCUUGUUGGCGAAAAUGGGGUAGUACCGGUUCUGGAUGCCCUGGUCGACGCAGCCGUUGACGAUGCCAAGCGUAGCAAGCUUGAUUUCCACCGUCGAGUUGGCGUCGAUUUCACCCGUCUUGCGGCGGUCGUUUUGCUUCUCGAAAUAGUCGGCAAAGAUGGGACCGUAGCGGCCGCCAUAGCUCUCUGCAAAGAGGUUGACGCCGAGGUGAGAGUCAUCAGUCGGGCUGUACUGUGGGAAUGUCUCCAUGAAGCCCUGAAGCAGGUGCCACAUGGCGUGCGCUGCAAUCUGGGUGCUGUUGGCCGUGUUGCUCUGCUUUUGGGUGCUGAAGGUGCCAUUGACACCAAACCACGGGCUACUAGUAUCAUUGGCGAUGGCUGCAGGGAAGGUGUAGGUAUCAUUGAUCACGUUGUAGGUGCCGUCGGUGGGGAUAUCAUACGAUAAGCCGACUUGGUUGGGCUGUAUUGAUGUUAGUAUGAUGGUUCAAUCAAAUAUUGGGUGACUAGCUAGGUGCCGCCAUGCAUACCUGGUCAACAAAGAUCAUGUUGGAGCUUCGGUCCCAUCCCCAUUCUUCGGCGGCUGUCUCGAAGCCGUCCAUGCCCUUGUCAAUGAUAUGGCAGGGCCCGUUGCCGCCAAAGAAGCCCAAGAAGGAGCUGGAGCCAGGACCACCGUUGAUCCAGAUGGACAGCGCCUUUGUUGGCUCACGGGCUUCGACAAACCAGAAGAAGAGGUUUGUGGGAAACUCGCCGGGGACAUUGACGUAACCGGUGUAUUGCUUCUGGGAGUCCAGAGCUGUCUUGCAAACGCCCUUGGCCUCUUUGUAGGAGACGGUCACAUUGUCGCCACCUGGGGGCUUGAUAACAGUCAUGUUGAGUGACUUAGGAUCAUUGUGGACGAAUUGGGCCAGUGAAACCGCCGCAAGGGGCAGCAUUAGCAAAGAUGGUAGCAUCACCAUGUUGGAGGACUAGUAGGUGCGCAGCACUUUUGUCUUCAGUCGAGAUUGGAUGGUGAUAGAAAGUAAGAAUUUCGCGCAGGACCAAACAGCAAAAAGAAACCCGCCCUCUUAAAACACGUGCUGAAGGACGAUGGCACUGAAUCAGGCGAGCCUGCGCGGGGAUGGGGAUUGUUCGAAAUUAAGCUCUCAGCCUGUGGCGGGUGAGGCGUGAAUCGGCAUCAGGCUGCGCG